UUGUCAAGAGAACUUAUUUAUGUGUGUGCACAUGAGCCAUGACUGAGAAAUGUAACCUGUUCAAUCCCACAGACAAGAAUCAUGGUAGCGGCAGGCUGGGUCUGCCUGUUGGCUGCGCUGCUGUCUCUGGAUUUUUCUGUGGCACACAACCACAGUGGGGCAACAGAAACCUACCAUGUGAGUGUGGGGCGCCUGUUUUUGCUGAGGUGCCCUCUUGCUGAUACUCACACGAGUGUGACCUGGAGCAGAGAGCGGUGGCAAAACAUGAGCCUGCCCCCUGGAGUGGAAGUCAGGGAGGGCUUACUGUGGUUUCUACCUGUGCAGACUUCUCAUAAUGGAACAUACACCUGUGAAAAAAGGGAUAAGACUGGAUUAUGGAGAGUCAAGUUAGGCGUGUCAGUGUCCAGUGGAGAGUGUCCUGAGCCACCUCAGAAUAAAUCCAUCACCAAGGGAGUCAGUGGAGCGCUUCCCUGCCAACAGCCAGAGAUUUUCAAACUGAAUACCACAAGGAGCAUACAAUGGAUGAAGGACUGUCGCCUAGUGAAGCCCAUCUCAGUGGAUAAGAAUGGUAUCAUGAGGCUGCCACCAGUCUCAGAGAUGGAUGCUGGGAAAUACACUUGCCUGGUACAUAUUAACUUGAAUGGCAGGAAUUACACAGCUGCACGCAGCAUCCAGCUGACUAUUGACAAUGCCCUUACAAACACAGUGCGUGCAGAGCCCGAGCUGGUGUACCCUCAAGAGGAAGUGGUCAUGGUUAAAGUGGGUAUUGGAGUGAAGCUCAGGUGUUUAGCCUACAUAGGCUUCAGUGAGGAUGAUUUCUUUAACAUGUACUGGACUAUUAACGAGACAAUUGUGGAGGACCAUGAGGAACUCAACGACUCCUGGGAAUAUAUUCACACAAACGGAAGGGUGUUUGGUCUGUCCACUCUGUCCAUCUCUAAAGUCCGUCGCUGGUUCUUGAAUGUCCCCAUUCAUUGCUAUAUAAGCAGCACAGUCAAAGCAAGUCAAGGCUUGGUGUGGCUUCAAGAAGAUGACCACAGUGCCAUCUACACCACUGUAGCUCUCUGCCUCACUGCCUCCUUGGCUAUUCUUGCCCUGGCUCCUGCCUUCCUCCUGUUUAGAGUAGAUCUGGUGUUGGCUUACAGGAAACUGUCAAGACACUUUUCCAAAAAACAAGCUCCGGAUGGUAAGCUCUAUGACGGCUACGUCAGCUUCCUCCAUCCCAACAGCAUGAGUAAUGCUGAGACAGCAGACUUUGCUCUGCAGAUCCUGCCUGAGGAGCUGGAGAAAAAACAUGGUUACACUCUAUACAUCAGAGGACGGGAUGACUGCCCCGGAGAAGCGAUGCAUGAUGUCAUUGCUGCUACAGUGCGCCAGUGUCGCAGACUGAUAAUCAUACUGUCAAGACAGGAAAUAGCCUCCACUGAUGGCAAAACAGAAGAAGUGUUGUCCUUAUAUGGUGACCAAAACCAGCUAUGCUAUGAGCACAGAGUUGGCCUUUACGACUCACUGACCCAAACCGACCCUCGUGUGAUUCUGGUGGAAAUCGAUGGCCCUGUGGAUUACAGCCACCUGCCAGAGUCUCUUCGCUAUAUCAAGAGGAAACAAGGAGCUCUGAAAUGGAAGCAAACCUCUCUUGGAACCAACAAACUCACCAAAUGGUGCUCAAACAGAAACUUCUGGAAGAAUCUGCAGUACUACAUGCCCCCAGUACCUGCAGGAAUAUGCCAGACUAUUAUCUAAAUCAAGUGAAAAUUUUUAAUUUAUCCUAAAGUUUUACAGAUGGGAUCUGACUCAGAUGUUUUAUUUCUACAUCAGGAUCUUUAGGCCUGUUUCCUGGAAAAACUUUUGCUUUUACAUGUGAGCAGUAUCCUUAAAACAUAUUGCACACUCAUGUCUGUUGCAGGUACUGUAAACAAAUGAGACCGGUUGCCUUGCUUAGUGGACGUCUACACAGUGACUUUCACACUGUAUGCAAUUAGACUGCGAAAGAUAUCUGGAUUUCUUCUUGGAACAAAACAGGAACACUUUAGAAAUAAUAUGGCUUUGUUCCCCAGAUUACAGACUAUCCUUCGCCCUCACCUUUUUGUUCUCACCUUUUUGCUCUCUAAAACAAAGGGGUUUAACACCAGAUUGCAGUAUAAUAUUUCUUCCCCAUGAUGUGGAAAUAACAAUGGUUCAGAAAAAGCUAGAAAACCUUCCAAGAGCAGCUUAACUCUAUUAGUUAGAUAAUGACAGGAACAAUUGUGAAGCAAAGCUAUUCAUAUAGUCAUGGUGCAGAAAACAUUGAUGAAGAUCAGUGCACUUUGUUGUUUUUUUCUCUUUUCACUCUAGUAGAAAACAUAAUGCAUUCAGUGUUUCCAGCAUCCAUCCAUCAUAUACUGUUCAUCCUGUAGAGGGUUGCAGUAGGACUGGAGCCAAUCCCAGCUGACACUGGGCAAGAUGGUGCACAUAGGACAGCUCGUCGAUAAAGCACCGGCAGAGACAUACAGAGAUGCAACCACUCUCAUUCACACCUAUGGGAACUUUAGUCACCAGUCAAACUAACCUGCACGUCGUUAGACUCUGGGAGGAAGCCAGAGUACACAGACAAAACUGGGCACAGGGAGAACAUGCAAACUCUACACAGAA